GACGCCGACUUCUUUGCAAAUAUGGCAGUCGACGCGGCACUGGCCGUAAAGAUUUCCGAUGGACAUGGUGGCUUCCUGUAUCCUACAAAAGCUAUCAAUAUUUUGAAAGCGCAUGGACGUUCAAUGAGAGAGAGCAUGCUUGUUAACGGAUAUGCACUUAACUGCACUGUUGCUUCUCAGCAGAUGCCAAAGCAGAUAAAGAAUGCUAAAAUUGCCUUCCUGGACUUCAAUUUGCAAAAGGUUAAACUAAAGCUCGGCGUUCAGGUUUUGGUCAAUAACCCAGACAAGCUGGAGGAAAUCCGCAAUCGCGAAGCUGACAUAACCAAGGAGAGAAUACAGAAGAUCCUCCAAGCGGGCGCCAAUGUCAUUCUUACCACGGGUGGAAUCGAUGACUUGUGCAUGAAAUACUUCGUGGAAGCCGGUGCUAUGGCGGUUCGCCGUUGCAAGCGUGUAGACCUUAAGCGGAUAGCCAAAGCUACUGGCGGCCAACUCGUCGUCACUUUAUCGAACAUGGACGGCGAAGAAACCUUUGAAUCUUCAUUUUUGGGGGAGGCCGGUGAGAUUGUUCAAGAACGCAUUUGUGACGACGAGCUUAUCCUCAUUCACGACCCGAAGGCACGUUCGUCGGCCAGUAUAAUUUUAAGAGGAGCUAAUGACUUUUACGUGGAUGAGAUGGAGCGCUCUUUGCACGAUGCUCUUCAGAUUGUGCCCCUUAUUGUACCACUCGUCAUUAUAAACUUGCAGGUGGUCAAACGGGUUCUGGAAAGCAAGUGCAUUGUGCCAGGUGCGGGGGCCUGCGAAGCGGCUGUCUCGAUCUUUCUAGAAAACUUCGCUAUGACGAUGGGUUCCAGAGAGCAGUUAGCAGUCGCCGAAUUUGCCCGUGCCAUGCUGGUGAUUCCUAAACAGUUAUCUGUCAACGCUGCUUUGGAUAGCACGGACCUCGUAUCGCGCCUGCGUGCCUGCCACAACACUAGCCAGUUGAAGUCUGAGCUUGCGGACACCAAGUUCUGGGGACUGGACUUGACGAGGAAUUGCAUCGCAAACUGCAAGGACCUUGGCAUCUUUGAGCCGCUUGUUUCAAAAAUAAAGAGCCUGAAGUUCGCUACUGAAGCCGCCAUCACAAUUUUACGCAUUGAUGACCUGAUUAAACUCAGGGAAGAAGCACCCACCGAAGACCGCGACUAA